AUGGCGACAUCGGAAGAUCCAACAGCUAGAGCACAAGACGUCAUACGAUGCCAACUUUGUCCCGGUAAAGACCGGAAAUCUGCAGCUAGUAUUCUGUGUAAGAGUUGUCUCGUCAAUCUUUGUAAAGAUUGUGUAGGUCCUCAUAUGCUCUCUGACCCUAAUAUAAAGCAAGAAGUUCUUACUCAUGAACUGACAAAGGGGGAUAUUACUUUACCGUGUAAACAUCAUCAAAAGUUGUCAUAUGAAUUUUGUCUAUCAUGUAGCUCUCCAGUUUGCCAACAAUGUCUAUUGUCGGGAUUUCAUGAAAAUCACAGUGUUCAGCAAAUUCCCGAACUUUACAAAUCUAAAAAAGAAAUGAUCGAAAAUGACAAAAAUGAACUUGAAACUGACAUUGCACCGAAAAAUGAAUCAGCUAUUUCUGAAAUAGAAUCAAUGUUAUCAGAUAUAGUUCAAAAACAUCAAAAAAGACAGCAAGGUAUUGCUGAAUUUGACGAUAAAUGUCACAAGCUUGUUGACAGUAUCAUCGAAAAAUAUGUGCAUGUUUCAAAAGAGAUGGAAAUGAAAGAUACUGACUUUUUGUUCGCUUUAAAAUCAGAAUUUCAGUCACGACAUUCUUUGAUUCAGUCAGCUAUGGAGGAAAACGAAUCAAAUCUGGUUUCCAGUGAUUCGUCCGUAGUUAUUUAUUACGUUUCAAAAAAUGAACACUUCAGAAAUCUUCCGAGCAUCUUUAGACUUACGGUACCACAAUUUAAUCCAGUUGAAGUUACAGAACAGGCAAUGUUUCGAAUAAUAGGUGUCAUACCAAAGACAAUUAAAACUAAUGUUAAAGAAAUAGGAACCAUAAAUACCGGCUUUGGCAAAAUAAAUAGCUUUGCUUGUAUACCAAACACCAAUGAAUUCUUUAUCAGUGGUGACACUAAUAUCAUCAGACGCAUGGACAGAGAGGAAAAUCUAAUCCAGGAGAUUCCCACUAAGUCUGGAGGAAUUCCCGUAAAACUGGCUGUCACCAGAAAUGGAUAUUUAGUGUACAUUGAGAGUAAAUCCAAACAUAUAAAUGUUAUGAAGAAAGAUAAAACAGAUCUGAUCCCACUGCAGGGAUGGACAGCUAAAGCCAUCUGUUGCACCUCCAAUGGUGACUUUCUUGUUGCUAUGAAAGCCAUUUUUAAUUUCUUGAAAAGUAAAGUUGUCCGUUUCUCCGACUCUAAGGUAACACAAGAAAUAGAAUACGAUAUAGGAAAACCUUUAUACUGCGAUCCGUUCUACAUUGUAGAAAACAAAAACUUUGAUAUUAUAGUGAGUGACCCUACAGUAAACAAGCUAGUGAUAGUUGACGAACGAGGCAAGUUAAGAUUUAACUAUGAUGGAAAUUUCCAGUCUAACAAAGAUAAACCAUUCACACCACAUGGUGUAACUACAAACAGCAUGUGUCACAUUUUUAAAUCUGACACUGGUAAUAAUAUUAUACACUUUAUUGACCAAAAUGGCCAGGUCCUUUUACAUAUUGAAAAUAGGAAUUCAUCAACUCCAAUUGAUCUUUGUACGGACAAUAAAGAUAAUUUGCUCCUUGUGGAAAGUUUCUUGGGAAAAGUUAAAGUAUUAAAACUGUUUGAAUUUUAA